AUGAGCUACGGAGUUCCGCCUAGCGACCACCCCCCCCCCUUUGAACGAGCAAAGCCUGCGCCAGACCCUCGUAUCCAACCAAUUGUCAAUUGCAUCAAUGUUAAGGUGUCAUAUGAUUUAAGCCGACUUAUCAUGGCCUCCACUCAAAGUGCCGAGAGUAAGGCCUUCGAGCCGCAACAGCAGCCACUGAAGCACAAGAACUGCGGGAAGUAUCACAUGCGUCUAGAACGCCCCUUUCCGGAGCUUGACUGGCGUUCUCCUGGUCGGAUGGCGGGUUCUAAGCCUUCUCUAUCCGCGUCCAGGGGCUAUCCGAACCCACACCGCCCUGCUCAUCUACGGAGUACUUCGUACGCUUUUCGAUUUUGGUGGCGGAAUUUGCGCUAA